AUGGCAUCCACGGCAGCCCUAGAGGUGGAAGCCUAUGUGCUACCAACCAAUUUACGACUCAAACAACGCGCCCAAAUAGUGGCUGCCCGCCUCAGCACCCUUCCAGAGGAUCACCCAGGCCGAAGCGGACCUCGAUUCCCUCUGGCGGAGACCCUGCGGACAAUGGACCUUACUCGACUCCAGGCUCUAGAAACAAUUGAUCCAACCCCCCCACCACCAUGGCAGACACCAGCAUUUGUAGAAAUCGACAUUGAACUAGACUGGGAUAAAGCCAAAGAUAAAGCAUCUGCUAGGCAAAAAGCAUCUGGCAUCAUAGUCUUCUCUGAUGCAUUAGGCCAACAGAACGCACUAGGAGCCGCAGCAGUCACCCUAGUAGGCCAACAGGAACUGGUAACUAUCCUUAGUGACAGCAUGUCAGCACUCCAAGCCAUCUCAAACACAUGGAACAAAUCAGGCCAGAGGAUUAUUCAAGCGGUUCGGCAAGCAGCCCAGGAGUUAAAAGCGCGGGGAAUUCCACUCCAUCUCUAA